GCGUAACGUGUUACGUAUGACGCCUGCGACGGUCAGCACGCACAUUUACGCUUCCUGGAGUGGAGGAAACAUAAAGUCAAAAAUGGGUCACACAAGUUUGGAGAAGAUAAUUGCACUGCAGAAGAGAACGACACAGAUCAGAAAUCUGUGUAUUCUUGCUCAUGUAGAUCAUGGGAAGACGACAUUAGCCGACUGUCUGGUGGCGAGUAAUGGUAUUAUAUCCAGUCGUUUAGCAGGAAAGCUGAGAUAUCUGGACAGCAGGGAGGAUGAGCAGAUCAGAGGAAUCACUAUGAAGUCCAGCGCUAUUUCAUUACAUUAUGCAACAGGAGGAACCGACUACCUCAUUAAUCUGAUCGACUCUCCCGGUCAUGUGGACUUCUCCUCGGAGGUGUCCACUGCCGUCAGACUGUGUGAUGGGGCCAUUGUUGUGGUUGAUGCCGUGGAGGGAGUGUGUCCGCAGACACAAGUUGUUUUACGACAAGCUUGGCUGGAGAAUAUUCGUCCUGUUCUUGUCAUCAACAAAAUUGACCGGCUGAUUGUGGAGCUGAAACUCACUUCACAGGAGGCGUACACUCACCUGCAGAAAAUACUAGAGCAGGUGAACGCAGUUACAGGCACGUUAUUCACCUCUAAAGUUCUGGAGGAGCGAGCGGAGAAAGAAGCAGAAACUCCGAGCAGCUAUGCAGAGAACGACAGCGGAGAUCAGGUGUACGACUGGAGCGCCGGUUUAGAGGAAACCGAUGACUCUGACCUCUACUUCAGUCCUGACCGGGGAAAUGUAGUAUUUGCCAGCGCUAUAGACGGCUGGGGCUUCAGGAUCCAUCAGUUUGCUGAGAUGUACAGUCAGAAGAUGGGCAUCCGCUUCUGGGUUCUGCUCAAGACCCUGUGGGGCGAUUUCUACCUCAACGCCAAAGCUAAAAAAAUCAUGAAGGGAGCUCAGUCCAAAGGAAAGAAGCCUCUGUUUGUGCAGCUUGUCCUGGAUAACAUCUGGAGUAUGUAUGACGCUGUGGUCACUAGAAGGGACAAAGAAAAGGUGGAGAAGAUGGUGACCUCUCUGGGGGUAAAAGUCCUGCCUCGUGACCUAAAACACUCGGACCCCAAAGUGCUUCUCAGUGCCAUCUGUAGCCAGUGGCUUCCUGUGUCUCAAGCUGUGCUCUCAAUGGUGUGUGAAAAGCUGCCCAGCCCAGCUGAGAUCUCAGCUGAGAGAGUGGAAAAGCUGAUGAGCGUGGGAGCGCGCAGGUUCGACUCUCUGCCCGAGAAAACACAGGAGCUAAAAAAAGCAUUUCUAGAUUGUUCAGCUGAUGAGACGGCGCCUGUAAUUGUCUUUGUGUCAAAGAUGUUUGCCGUGGACUCCAAAUCUCUGCCACAGAACAAACAGAGGCCGUUGACUCAGGAGGAGAUCGCCCAGAGAAGAGAACUGGCCAGGCAGCGGCACGCCGAGAGACAAGCUGCCAAUCAGAGUGCAGAUAGCCCCGGGUCAGCUGAUGCUGGAGGUACUUCGACCCCAGCAGCCCCGGCCACCGGUAGCGUCACAGAUGCUCUGUGUGUGCAGACAGAGGCUCUUUCGGUCAGAACUGCAUCGGAGGAGGAUAACAAAGAGCAUUUUGUGGCCUUUGCACGAGUCUACAGCGGUGUCGUCAGAAAAGGCCAAAAGGUGUUUGUGCUCGGACCCAAAUACGAUCCGUCACUGGCUCUCAGAGUGCUUCCUGAGGGUUGUUCAGUAGCUGAUGUCUUACCCAGCGUCCCCCACAUGGCCUGCUGUACCGUGGACAGCCUCUACCUGCUGAUGGGCCGCGAGCUGGAAGAACUGGAUGAAGUUCCCUCAGGAAAUGUUCUCGGUAUUGGUGGCAUGGAGGACUUCAUUCUCAAGUCGGCCACCAUCUCGACAUCUCCUGCCUGCCCACCCUUCACGCCAAUCAACUUUGAAGCCACGCCCAUCGUCAGAGUAGCAAUCGAGCCCAAACAUCCAAGUGAGAUGCCGAAGCUGGUGCGAGGUAUGAGAUUGCUGAACCAGGCUGACCCAUGUGCCGAAGUGUUGAUUCAGGAGACCGGAGAGCAUGUUCUGGUCACUGCAGGGGAAGUGCACCUACAACGCUGCCUGGAUGACUUGAGAGAGAGGUUUGCUAAAAUUGAAAUCAGUGCUUCCGAACCAAUCAUUCCCUUCCGUGAGACGGUGAUCCGGCCUCCCAAAGUGGACAUGGUGAACGAGGAAUUGGGAAAGCAGCAGAAGGUCGCUGUGAUUCACCAGGUAAAGGACGAACAAACAAAGUAUCACGAAGGAGUCCAGGUGGAUUCCACCGGUCUGGUCAAGCUCACCACCUCCAACAAGAUGGCCACGGUCAGGGUGCGGGCUAUCCCUCUUCCUGAGGAAGUCACCCGCCUUCUGGAGGACAAUGUGGGGCUUAUCCGCACAAUGGAGCAGUUCAGCCUCUUCGCCGGGGAGGGCAAGACUCUGGACAUCAACCAGAAAAUUCUGGAGGAUAUCCAGGAGUUCAAGGUGAAGUUGGAGAGCACCCUGCAAGGCCACAAAUGGAGGGGUGCCGUGGAGCAUAUCUGGGCAUUUGGUCCACGCCGUUGCGGGCCAAAUAUUCUCCUCAACAGCAUCGAGGGCUACCGGAGACCCUCAUUGUGGCAGUGUCUGGAACAAGAGAAGGAAAUUGAAAAGGCUGAGACCACCGCGCUUAGAGACUUUGACAACAGCAUUGUAAGUGGCUUCCAGUUGGCCACACUCUCUGGUCCCAUGUGUGAAGAACCUUUGAUGGGGGUUUGCUUCUCUGUAGAGACCUGGGCCAUGAAGCUUCCCACACCUCAAACUCAGCAAGUCUCAAUAGAUGAGGAGUCACAACCUGCAGAGCCAAAUAAUGACAACCAAGGUGAACGCUCUGACGUUCAUGAGACGAACGUCUCAUCCACAAGCUCUAACCGAAGCAGGAGCAGAGCGGAGACUGCUGGGAGUUCAGUGGACUGUUACGGGCCGUUCUCAGGACAGCUCAUUGCUGCUAUGAAAGACGCCUGCAGAUACGCUUUCCAAGCUAAACCUCAGCGGCUGAUGGCUGCGAUGUACACCUGUGAAAUCAUGGCCACUGCUGAGGUCCUGGGUCGUGUGUAUGCUGUAUUGUCCAAGCGGGAAGGACGAGUCCUACAAGAGGAAAUGAAGGAAGGGACGGAUAUGUUCAUCAUUAAAGCAGUACUUCCUGUUGCAGAGAGCUUCGGAUUCGCUGACGAGAUCAGGAAGAGGACCAGCGGCCUGGCCAGCCCACAACUAGUCUUCAGCCACUGGGAGGUUAUCCCUAGUGAUCCAUUCUGGGUGCCCACUACCGAGGAGGAGUAUUUACACUUUGGAGAAAAAGCGGACUCAACCAGUCAGGCUCUGAAAUACAUGAACGCCGUACGAAGACGCAAAGGCCUCUACGUGGAGGAGAAGAUCGUGGAACACGCGGAAAAACAACGAACUCUCAGCAAGAACAAAUAAAGCGAACGAUCUUCAUUCGUGAAACACAAGCAGAACGAUUUUGCAAAAAACAUUCUGUAAAUUGUUGCAUUAAAUUCAGUGCAAUAAUAUAGGAAUGGUUUGGCACAAUUGUUUAAUUUAUUUAAUUGUUCAGCUCUUGUUUUAUAAAAGAGGAUCAAUGACAACCACUCCUUCAUUUGACUUUAUAGGAUCGAUAAUGACCAAUGGAUUUGCUGAAACUGACCGGAUAGUGAUUCAGUCAUUACCUCCAAUCUAUUUCUUAACAGUCCAGGGUUUUAUUUAUAAUGGAUCUCAUGAUUUCAUAUUGCAGAUUGGGUGAAAAACCAAUGUUCAAAAUGUUAAUGUAUUUGGUGACUGAUCCUCAUUAUCUAAUAUCAGUUAAACCUGGUGAGCAACAUCAAGUCUUUAUUCUACAGUAUAUUCGUCUGCACUAAUCUAUUGUAAAAAUGUGCUGUGCUAUUAAGCAAUUAAGCAAUUGCAGUGCACUCUGGAUCCUAAUGUUGUAAAUAUUAUACAGCAAUUGAAGUCAAUUACACAGUUCGAGACUGUUUUGGACCAGACUGAAGGAAUAGAUUGUCUGAUUUGCGCUGUUGCGAGACUUUGUGCCACACAGAUCUUUGCAAAUUGCUGUGAGUCACUUGAUUUUUCUUCCUUUUCCCCUUCACAUGUUCCUAAACAACCAUUCCUUCCUCAGUUAUUAAAGACAGGAUUAAACCCUGCAAUUAAAGGGACAUGCUUUCAGUUCAUAGCGUAUCUCCUUGUGUGUUUGGGGUCUUGUGCUGGGGUCUGGCGGGGCCCUGCGUUGCAUAAUUUAAGAGUCCUCUUGAAAUACAGUUUCAAUUAGUUUGAAGUGAAACGGCCUUGAAAUGAAUUCCUCCGUCACUCCCUUUUGGUUCACAAACGUUUAAACCCUUGAUUUAAUUUGUGUGUAACACAGCUUUAAUGGCAUUGGGAAGAAGGAUUUGAAUUCUUUAAUAAGGAGCUCCCAGAAUACCGCAGUCUGCUGAAUACUACACAUGUUAGAGUCCUAUCAUGUGAAAUCACUACCAAUAUUUAGGAAAUAAAAUAAACUUGACUGAACACA